GUCUGGGCAGCAAGGAGUAGAAGCAGGAGCAGCAGCAGCAUCAGCAGCAGCAGCAUCAUCGCUGUCUGCCUCUCCUAGUUAGUACCACCACUACCACUACUACCAACACCAGUCUGCAUCCAGCUUUCGGACUAUACAAAACACAAAAGAGGAGGUUGUUUUUUUUUUGUAAAUUUUUGUCGGCAAGGAGUCAGAAAGUGAAGCAUGGAAGAGGAGAGGCACGGAAGUGCGGCUGCGGGAUGCAUGCUGUCUGACAGGCGCCCAGCGACCAUGAUGCCGCUGCUGUGAGAGCCUCCCGUGAGCAGGCAGCUGCGCACCCAGCCACCCUCUUCCCCUCCCUCUCCUCUCCCCUCCUUUCCUUUCCUCUCCUCUCCUCCCCUCACCUCGCCAGCAUCGCCGAUCGGCACUCACUUGAACGCAGGGACUCGGAACCAACACAACCACCAGCGUCCUGCACAGGAGCUUGACAUAAGCAGGGGGAUAUCCUUUCCUGGAGUUUAACACGAUUACUAUUUGCUUCACCGCCUUGGUUCUGGUUCAAAGUGGUUUCCUCUCCACAAGAACAAGCUGAUAGUCCUCACCGUGCCAGUGGUCUCUUCUCAAUGUACUCCUUCUCUUGUUAACGCUACAGAGUCUUCAGCGUUGCCAUCCAUGGUUUCUACCCUUAUCAAGAUUAUAUCAGCUUACAUUGAAAAGAUUUGCAAAGGAAUGUUUACAAAGAAAUUGGCAAACCAAAUCAAGAAGAAAGAGAGAAGUAAAAAUAAAGAGCCAACAAAAUUGACCACUGACCUGCAAGCACACAAUCCAACUCUUUCUAAUACAGUGAAGACUACUGUUAAAAAGAUCUCCAAAUGCUCCUCAGCACGUAACGUUUCGCUGGAAGACGACGACGGCAAGAACGACUGCUCAUCCCUAUCGCCCACUUUCAGUUAUCGUGUGGCCAUUGCAAAUGGACUCCCUAGAACCGCCCCUUUUUUGAAUAACAACAAUGAGAGCAUAUUUCCCGAAGUUAUUUCAAUCGACAGUAGCUACUCCGACACACUGAGUGACGCAAAGCCUGUCCGUAGACUGGAUGAGCAUAAAUCGCACACUAUGCCAGUAAGAAGGAACCGGAAGAGCCUUAUCAGUUUGGCUCCUUCUGAUGGGAGCUCUGAGGGUGAACGAGUGGAACGAUCCAGUCUGCACACUCUCCGGCUAGGCGCUCUUCGCAAGUUAAGGAAAUGGAAAAAGAGUCAGGAAUGCGUCUCUUCAGAUUCCGAGGUGAGCAACUGGAGGAAAACCCUCGGCAUCCGGAGCAAGUCCUUGGACCGGGCAGGACGGCAGCAAAAAAGCUCUACUCUGGAGCCUGGCUCUUCAUCAACGGGAUGUAUCAGUCAGACGCAGGAUGUCAUGGAAAUGAUCUUCAAAGAACUUCAAGGGAUCAGCCAGAUAGAGACAGAACUGUCCGAACUACGUGGCCACGUCAACGCCCUAAAGAGCUCGAUUGACGAGAUUUCCAGCAGUGUGGAAGUAGUUCAGAGCGAGAUCGAGCAACUCCGCUCGGGAUUUGUCCAGUCGAGAAGAGAAACACGUGACAUCCAUGACUACAUAAAACAAAUUAGCCACCAGGCUAAUAAUUCAACACUGCGUUUCCUCAAUGUUCCUGAAGAAAGAUCAGAGAAAACAGAACACCUUAUAUAUAAAUUACUAAAAGACAAAAUGGGUCUUACUGAUGCCCAUAAAACUAUUAAAAUAGAGCUCGCUCACCGGUUAGGGCAACAACGAGAAUGUUCCAAUGCAAAGCCUCGCCCAAUCAUAGUUAUAUUCGCAACACCUCAAGAUAGGGAUUUAGUCUUGAAAAAAUGCUAUAAACUUAAAGGAACUGGAAUUACAGUUUCCACCGACAGCUUAACUAGAGAAGGGAAAGAGCGAAAAGACAAAGCGAUGUCCUCCUCACAAACCUAUGAAAGUAUGGAUAUUAAGGUAUCAGGGAAAGAUAAAGUAGUAGAGAGUGAUGACUGGGACUCCAUGGACAGUGACAAGGAAUUAGAUGAACUGAGCAGAAACAAAUAUGCAAUGGUAAUUUCAAAGCCUACUCACAAGAGUAAAUCAGAGAAAAGACGAUCCCACGACCACAGUCGGUCAGGAGAAGAAGCGAGCUACUCAGGUGCAGUUCACUAUGCCGAUGAUUCCUACUAUGACUCCGACAAACAUGGGAAGGCUUACUACUCUGAUGUGACAUCCGGUUGGCUCUCUCAGAGUGACUAUUCCACACCGAAACUUAGUCGCUCGGAAUCAGACUGCUCAAAACUUUGCCAGUCAUACUCAGAGGACUUUUCAGAGAGUCAAUAUUUUACACGGACAAAUGGCUGUUCCCUGUUAUCCUCUUCAGAUCAAGAACUGUGGCAGAGGAAACAAGAGGACAUGGCAUACUCUUGGUACGGUAGCCCCAGUCACCAACACAGCCACGGAAAUCAACCUUAUGAACACAAUGAGAUUGAGACAACAGAGACUGUUGACAGUGGAGUGAGUAAUGGACUCGUCUGCAUGUCUGGAGACAGAAGUCACUACAGUGGAUCCCAACUUUCAUUGCAAGCAGACCUGUCACCUUGGAAAGACUGGCAUCAUAUAGAGCAAGGAGCUGAUUCAGGCUUGGAAGCAUCCAUAGAGGUUAGUAGUCCAUUUGACCCAUCCACCAUCCCAGGUUUCCCAGAGAAUAUAACUAAAUGCCAAGAAGUUGAUUUACAAUUUGAAGGAGAGGAGGAGUUUAUGAUGCUUAACAGAGAGUCCUCCCUGCCACCAAUAACCACCCACAUAAUUAACCCCGUAGAACGUGAGUCCACUAAAGCACAUGUACGCCAGUCUAAAGGGGGUUCUAAGGGGGUAACAAAAGAAAGUGCAAAAGUUCCAUCUAAAGAAGUGUCAAAAGCUACAGCUAAAACUUCAAGUAAACAAACUAAAAUUAUACCAAAAGAUGUAACCCCCAGAUUACAGGAAAAGGAAAUUACACAUGUAUCUGCAAAGAUUUUACCUAAAGUGACAUCAAAUGCCACACCGAAAGAGCCAGUGAAAGAGAAGAAAUUAGCAGUGAAAGAGACCCCUCAAGCCCUCCCCAAAGACAUCCCAAAACCAACAACAAGAUAUGCCAGUAAGCCUGCCAAUGAAGAUGUACCUAAAGUAGCGCCUAAGGUCAUAAGCAGUGAGAUAGGUAAAGUCAGCAAAGCAAGCCCAAAAGUUUCCCAGGCACUGACGCCGAAACAAAGCCCAAGAGAGUCACCAAAAGAGAGCCCUAAAAUAACUCCAAUUGUGAGCCCAGCUUCAACUCCCAAAGAAUCCCCAAAAGAGUCCCCUAAAGUAUCCCCUAAACAAUCCCCUUUGAUCAGUUCGAAAGCACCUAUACAAGGUGCACAGAAAGUUGGUGGUAAAGAGGUUUCCAAAGAAGUUGCAAAGGUACUUCCAAAAGAGAUACCAAACGUUUUGAAUAAGGAGAGCAACAACAAUAAUAAAUUACCAUCGAAUAAAGAUUCAAGCAUUCCGGUCAAAGAGGCACCAGUUCCUAAAGAGACCCCAAAGGUGCCUGUCAAAGAAUCCCCUAAAGCAUCCCCAAGUCAAUCACCUCAAAUAGUCUCUCCAGAUGCCCCGAAAGUAGUUGCUAAAGAUACUCCAAAGGUUGCAUCGAAAGCAGUUCCAAAGGAAACAUUUCCUGAAAUUGAUGUCAAUCACAGCUUUCAACAAACACAAGGUAAAUCCACAACUAUGUAUCGCAGUCAGAGUGAGAUUCGAACAGAGAAGGUCGAGGAGGUGCCAAAGUCAUGGAGCAGCAGGCUCAGUAUAGACCUAAGUGAAAAGUCUUUUGGUUUUGGCUUCGGUUCUACUCUGCAAAGGGCAAAAUCAGCUCUGGAAGUUGUGUGGAAGUCAGGGCCACAGAAUGCUCCCGCACCUCCUGAGGAGCCCGCAAACUCUUCUUCAACAUUUAUGGGGCGUUUCCGCACACUCUCGACCUCUAACUCGCCCUCUGCUGCAGAACCAGCUGCUCAGAAGGAACCUGUUUACUACCAACCGGAGGAGGAGGAAAUCAAAGGUGCUGAGGAGGAACCUGUUGAACAAUCAGAGGAUGGUGAGACCCACUAUGUUGAGGUGAUGGAACAGGUUCUGGCAAAUUUGGAGAACAGGACUAAUGUUAAUGAAACUGAAGAACUUGUGCAGGAAUGCGAGCCUUCUCAGGAUAACGAUGAUUUUGAGGACAUCAAUGCCUCUCAGGACAAUAAUGUCCCUCAAGAUUUCGAAACCUCUGAAGACUUUAGUGCCACAAGAGACAGUGACGCGAACCAUGAAGCACAUGUCCUAGAGUAUGACUGCGGCUUGGACGAGCAGUAUGACGAGGAGUACAGUGAAGACUAUGAAACCAAUGUGACUGAGGACACAGCCGAGUAUGAUGCAAUGGUCGAGUAUUUGGAUGUCGAGGAACCCGACGAGACAGAGGAAAAUGACCUAACAGAGGAGAUGGAAGAGGGCGAUGAGGAUAUAGAAGCGAUUGAGGAGAUGGUCGAGGAGACUGUUGAGGUGCCUGAAAAAGUGGAGUUACCUGAGGAGGAAGAAAACAAAGAUAUCACAGAGGAGAAACCUGCUGAGGCACCGCCAAAGAAGCGUAUGCGACCGACGUUUAAAGAGGCUGCUCUGAGGGCCUACCGGAAACAGAUGGCUGAAUUGGAGCAACAGAUCCUGGCAGGAGACUGCAGUGCUUUGGAUACUCAGCCUCGCAGUAUUUUGGACCCCAAAGUGCUCGGCUUGCAGUCUGGAGGGGCCGGCAGUAUUCUUUACGGUAUUGACAGCAUGCCAGAUUUACGCCGCAAGAGGACAGUGCCUCUUGUCCGAGACCUGACCCUCACUGCUCGAAAGGCAGGCAUCUCGUUCGCUCUGGUGAAUCGCUCCACCCUGAAUAACGAGGACUUGAAACUUCACGUCUUUAAAAAGACACUUCAGGCCUUGAUAUACCCAAUUUCUUCUACAACACCACAUAACUUUGAGGUGUGGACGGCCACUGCACCCACUUACUGCCAUGAGUGUGAGGGGCUGUUGUGGGGAAUCGCCCGCCAAGGCAUGCGCUGCUCCGAGUGUGGCGUCAAAUGCCACGAGAAGUGCCAAGACCUGCUUAACGCAGACUGUUUACAGAGGGCAGUGGAGAAGAGCUCCAAGCAUGGGGCGGAGGACAAGACCCAGAAUAUCAUUAUGGCUAUGAAGGAGCGAAUGAAGAUCCGGGAGAAGAACCGACCUGAGGUGUUUGAAGUGAUCCAGGAGAUGUUUGACAUCUCCAAGGAGGACUUUGCAACCCAUCUCAAGACAGCCAAGCAAGCUGUGCUGGAUGGCACAUCUAAAUGGUCUGCUAAAAUCAGCAUCACUGUUAUGAGUGCUCAAGGGCUCCAGGCCAAAGAUAAAACAGGCUCCAGCGACCCGUAUGUCACCGUCCAGGUGGGAAAAACCAAGCGUCGGACAAAGACCAUCUUUGGAAACCUCAACCCAGUGUGGGAUGAGAGAUUCUAUUUCGAAUGUCACAACGCCACAGAUCGCAUCAAGGUGCGCGUGUGGGACGAGGAUGACGACAUCAAGUCGCGGGUCAAGCAGCAUUUCAAGCGGGAAUCAGACGACUUCCUGGGCCAGACCAUUAUUGAGGUCCGCACGCUCAGCGGGGAAAUGGAUGUCUGGUACAAUCUAGAUAAGAGAACUGACAAGUCUGCUGUAUCCGGUGCCAUUAGACUUAAGAUCAGCGUGGAGAUGAAGGGGGAGGAAAAUGUGGUGCCACCUCACGGCCAGUACACCUGUUUACAUGAGAACCUGUUCCACUACUUGACCGAGGGCAGGAACAAUGGCGUGGUGAAGAUCCCGCAGGUGAAAGGCGAAGAGGCAUGGAAGGUCUACUACGACGAUGUGUCUCAGGAGAUAGUGGACGAGUUUGCCAUGAGAUACGGAGUAGAGUCCAUCUAUCAGGCUAUGACGCAUUUCUCCUGCCUGUCCGCAAAGUACAUGUGUCCGGGUGUGCCGGCGGUGAUGAGUAACCUGCUUGCGAACAUCAACGCCUACUUCGCCCACACUACCACUACCACAACAACCACCGCCUCUGCUUCGGAUCGAUUUGCUGCCUCCAACUUUGGGAGGGAGAAAUUUGUAAAAUUACUGGAUCAGCUGCAUAACUCGCUGAGGAUCGACCUGUCCAAGUAUCGAGACAAUUUCCCUGCUGGAAACCAAGAACGCCUCCAAGAUUUGAAGUCAACGGUCGAUCUUCUGACGAGUAUCACCUUCUUCAGGAUGAAGGUCCAAGAGCUUCAAAGUCCGCCCAGAGCCAGUCAAGUGGUGAAGGAUUGCGUGAAAGCUUGCCUGGAUUCCACGUACAAAUACAUUUUUGACAACUGUCACGAGCUGUACAAUCAGCUACUGGACCAGAGCCGGAAGCAGGAGAUCCCACGUGAAGAGCAAGGACCAUCCAUCAAGAACCUGGAUUUUUGGCCAAAACUCAUCACCCUCAUGGUGUCUGUUAUUGAUGAGGACCGGACAGCCUACACGCCAGUCAUCAAUCAGUUUCCGCAGGAGCUCAGCGUAGGCAAGAUCAGCGCGGAGAUAACUUGGAACCUCUUUGCCCUGGACAUGAAGUACGCCAUGGAAGAGCACGAUAAGCACCGCUUAUGCAAAAGCACUGAAUACAUGAAUCUUCACUUCAAAGUCAAAUGGUUCCAUAAUGAGUAUGUGCGCGAAUUGCCAGCCUUCAAGGGGGUUCCACCAGAAUAUUCUCUAUGGUUCGAGCCGUUUGUCAUUCAAUGGCUCGACGAGAAUGAGGAUGUGGCCAUGGAUUUCCUCAAUGGGGCUCUGGAGAGAGACAAGAAAGAUGGAUUCCAGCAGACGUCCGAGCAUGCUCUCUUCUCCUGUUCGGUGGUGGACGUGUUUACACAGCUGAACCAAAGCUUUGAGAUCAUCAAGAAGCUGGAGUGUCCGAACCCUCAAGCUCUGGCUCACUUCAUGUGCCGCUUUGCCAAGACUAUCAAUAAAGUUCUUCUGCAGUAUGCUGCUAUCAUUUCCAAGGACUUCCCUUUAUAUUUGAACAAGGAGAAUGUGCCCUGCAUUCUUCUCAACAACAUUCAGCAGCUCAGAGUCCAGUUGGAGAAGAUGUUCGAGUCCAUGGGAGGCAAACAGGAGGAGGGGGUUGUGUCCUUCUGUAAGCUGGAUGCAGAGGCCAGUGAUCUGCUCAAGGAGCUGCAAAACAAGCUCAACACCGUUUUGGAUGAGCUCAGCGGUGUCCUGGGCUCCAGUUUCAAACCGGUGAUUGAGGACUGUGUAAAGCAGAUGAACCAAGAGCUGAUCCAAAUGAAAGGUUCCGCCAAGGGAAGUAACGCUGCCAUGGAUGCAGAAACCGUCCUCCGGCCUCUGAUGGACCUUCUGGAUAAAAAUUUGAUGCUAUUUGCCAAGAUUUGUGAGAAGACAGUGCUGAAACGUGUCCUCAAAGAGCUAUGGAAGAUCGUGCUGAACACCAUCGAGAGGACCAUUGUUCUGCCGCCGCUGAAUGACCAGAGCCAACAAGGAGCUCAGAUGAUCUUCAAUGCUGCAAAGGAUUUGGGACAAUUGUCCAAAUUGAAGGAACAUGUCAUCCGUGAAGAAGCAAGGAGUCUGACUCCACGUCAGUGUGCGGCCAUGGACCUUGUGCUUCCCACUAUCAAGCAAUAUUUCCAUGCCGGAGGAAAUGGGCUGAAGAAAACCUUCCUGGAAAAAAGCCCUGAUAUGAAGUCCCUAAAAUAUGCUCUUAGCCUUUACACUCAACCUACAGAUGCCUUGAUCAAGAAAUUUAUAUGCACCCAAACCUCUCAAGGUCAGUCAAGCAACGGGUCCGUGGGUGAGGUGUCCAUACAAGUGAACCUCAUCUCUCACCCUGGCACCGGAGAGCACAAAGUCAGCGUGAAGGUGGUCGGUGUGAACAACCUCCAGUGGCAGACUACUGCUAUGUUCCGGCCGUUCGUCGAGGUCAAUGCAGUUGGUCCACACCUCGCUGACAAGAAGCGCAAGUUCAGCACCAAGACCAAGAACAACAACUGGUCACCAAAGUACAAUGAAACAUUCCAAUACGUCUUGAGCAACGAGCACGGCCCAGAGACGUACGAGCUCCACGUGUCAGUUAAGGACUACUGUUUUGCCCGAGAGGACCGCAUCAUCGGCAUGACCGUCAUCCAGCUCCGUGAGCUAGCCGACUCGGGAAGCUGCGCCGCCUGCUACCCGUUGGUGAAGAGCAUCACCAUGGACGAGACGGGCCUCACCAUCAUGCGGAUACUCUCGCAAAGGACCAACGAUGAGGUGGCCAAAGAGUUUGUGCGUCUUAAGACGGACACGCGCUCGGCGGAAGAAGUAUCAUAAUGCCUAUGGGGCGUCUGGGGGAAAAAAAUGCAGUUUUCCUUCCGAGUGGUGUUGUCUUACAUGUGAGAAUGAUUGGAGGGUUGUUCUACAUGAGGAGCCAAAGCAGGUAGCAAACGAGGGAGUUGUGUUUGUUUGUUCGUUUGUUUGUUUGUUCGGUUGGUUGGUUUUGUGCAUGUGCGUAAGAAAAAACAAAAAAACAUCUGUUGGAAUGUUCAUUUGAAUACUACAAGUACGUACAAGUGUUUACUGACCGUAUGCUUACUAUUAAGUACUAUAUUCUACCAGUUAAGUUCAAGCAGACACGAAAUACCUUUUUUACACUUAGUCUUUUUUGAACUGAGAUUUGUUCCAAUAAAGUGCCAAACCAGUGGAGUUAAACAAAAACAAAUAAUAAAACAAAAAAAAAAAGAACAAGACGUCCAAGGAAUUACGGCGAUGAACUUCGCAUGUUGGUAAAUUUGCUCGAUUAUCCAGUGUAAGUCAGUUCUUGACUGCGUGGCGUUCCGAUUGUUGCAGUGUCUCAUUUAUUUCCUUUUGUUUUUUUUAAUGUUUUGACACCCAGCAUUGUUUGUAAUCUUUUGUUGCAUUUCAGAUUAUUUUACAAUUGCUUCCACCGUGUCGAACUCAUUAUUUGUGGAAUUUUUACUAUAAUUUUUGCCACCCUGCAGUGUUGGUGAGUUCUCUUCAUUUAUUAUUUAUUACUUGGUAAUACCAUGUUUUUUUUUUUUGUUGCUUUUUUUUUUUUUAAAUAUUGUUUUAAUUGUCAUUAACCCGUACUGUAGUGCCCUUGUUUGGUGUUCUUUUUUUUUUUUUUGUCUCUCUUGCCUCCCAGAAAUGUAGUCCCUUUUUCCAUUUUUUUCCAGAGCCAGAACUAUGAAAAAAAUAAAAAUAAUAAAAAGAAAAACAAUCAAUAAAGAAAAAAAAACACCAUUCCAUUAUUUUUGGUAACCUUUCACUUUUUUAUUAUAUUUUGUCUCCCAAUACAGUUGUAGCUGUAAAACUAUACUUUUGGGAGUGGGGGGUGUUUGUUUGCAUUUGUAAUAAUGGUUUUCAUUUGUUCAUCACCCAGCAUUGUUGUACGUCGUUUCUUGGUCACAUGUUCCCACAGUAACCACCAAGCAGGGUCCCAACCCCCUUGCCUUCAAACUCUUUGUAUCGUGAGUCCACCACGAGGAAACAGUAUUUGUUUUUAUUUUAUUUUUGAAAUGGCAACGACUGCUAUGUAAACCUCGAUAGGUGUUUGUAAUUUUAUAAUGUUGACACAUGUAACAACACUUCAGAAAGAAUGGAUAAGCUGUUAAUUUAGUUUUUACCCUUUUGUGUGUUUAUUUUUUUAUUUUAGGCUUUUUCAGCUUCCGGCCUUUCUGAAUGACCACUGUGAACAAGAGCUUUGGAAGGCAAGCUUGCUUCACAUCAUUUCAUAACAUAUUUUCUGAUAUUUAGUUCCUGAUAAACUGCCAAAGUUGUUUAGAAUAUUUGUACAAAAAAAAAGAAAUCCAUUCCAUUUAUGAAGAUAUAUAUGUACAUGUGGUCCGGUUGUCCAUAGGGUGGUACCGAGAUUUUAUUUUUUUUAUUUGCUGUGAAGCUGUAACGAUAGCAAAAUGAGAGUUGCACAUGUUCCUUUAAAAAGAGAGAGAGAAAAAACACUCAGCUUCUGUCAUUUUUUUUCUUCAUAAAAAGGAAAGAGUUUAACAUUUUGGUAAAUAUGCAACAUUCCUAUGUAUUGCACUGAUGGCAAAUUGUAUGUCAUGUAAAUAUAUUUAGUGAGAUAUUGUACAAAAAGUCUACUUUCCUUCUAUGUGCAUAAAGUAUGUGCAAACGUGGUCAUAAAUCUUGGUCAUUUUGCCAAACAGACACUAAUGCAAUUAUUGACUACAUGUUUUAAAGUGCACAAAUAAAAUUAUGACACUGAUGAUGAACGUAGGGUUAGAUCAUAGUGUUAUGGACUGUUAUGGUUGCAAAAUAGUGGCGAUGAAAGUUUAUUUACUCAAAUUUACAGGAGGGAUGUUGUUUAUUUUUACCUUUAGGGAUUAAUGCAACACCAUAAUUUCAGAUUAUAACAUACCAACAUUUACACAUUUUCCUGGAACGUAAACAUUGACGUGCACAUUGUGGUGCUUAUAAAACGCCAACUGGGUGUGCACCCCCUUUAUGUUAGUAUUGUAGCUUUUGUUGCUCUACUUCCUCUGACACUUGACAAAAGGUAUAAAAAGACAUUUUUAAUGCCCUACACAUGUCCUUGCGAUACAUUGCAGAUAUAUAUCAUAGAUGUCAUAACAGUACAAUUACUUUGCUACUGUACAUAAAUCACUUUUUACGAUUACACAUGAUUGAUGAUUAUUUCUUGCAACUUUCACUUUUACUCUAGUACAUUUUGUAGAAUCUACAAAGUAUACUGGUACUUUCAGAUCUAUUUCCUACAUUCAUGCUCAUUUUACAAUAUAAUAAUUCGAGUAAUGUUUCUAGAACAUACCAAUCAAUUUUUUUAUUUACACAUUCCCACCAAAUCAAGUGAUACAUUUUAGAUAAAUAUAUCAGUUUUAAUGAUGUUCCGAUUGCAGAUUUUUGCACCCGAUUCCGAGUCACCUGAUUUUGAGCAUCUGCUGAUACAGAGUCCCGAUUCCGACAAAAGUUACAGUACUGUGCUGUUUACAGUACUUCCUUUUCCUCUUCUUCCAGUAGUGUUGCAGAGUAUAAAACAUUUUUUUUCUUUUGUCAAUGCCAUUGUAUUUCUGGAUUGUUUUGCUAAUUUUUAGCCCUUAGAAAUAUGUAAUAAAAAAUAAAUUAAAAAUACUUAAGAGUACUGCCCAGCCCAAAAAAAGUGAGUGCGUUUCCUUGUGCACUGCCCGACCGGCGGCUAACAUUGAUUGUCCUCCGAUCCUAUAUGAAAAAAUUUGUAGACGUUUGUGGUACUGAAACAAAGAAACAUGCAUUCAACACAACUGCACAAUACACACCUGUAUACAAAUACCAUUUAUGGAACCACACUACACUUGUGCUACAAGAUAUAAAUAUAAGUUAGCUCCCAUUCCAGUGCAGUGCGUUCCAGUGCACAAGAAUUCAUUGAAACGCACCGCGCCAAACUUUAAAACAGUGCACUAAUCUGGAAUUCACCACACCUCACUG